AUGUGCCUUGAUAUACCUACAAAUAUGAAAAAUAAUAUUUCACAGCUUUUCAAUUCCUAUGAACAAACAAAAUUAAUUUUUAGCAAAUCUAAAGUUCAUAUUUAUAAAGAGCCAUUUUCUAGAAAAAACGACUUUGGAUAUGUUAUUCUUGUUGAAAAAAUAUCAAAACACCAAUUGACUAAACCAAUUAACAUAGAAAAUAUUUUUCUUUUUUGGAUUCCAGAGUCUUUUAUAAUAUCCAGCGAUGACUAUGAAACAUAUAGAAGUGUAGAAGAAAAUAAUUAUAAUAAUAACGAUGAAAACGAAUACAUCAUAUCUCUCCCAUUAAAUUCUCAUGAAGAUAUACAUUUUAUUUCUCUAUUAAAAAUACACAGCUUAUUAAUUAAACCUCCUAUAAAUGAAUCUAUUGGAUCUAUUACAAUUAAUACACACGAAAAAAGUAAUUAUCUUACACUUUUUUUUAAUGAUAAUGAAUAUAUUAAUAAAAACUUAUACAAUAAAAUUAGCCUAGAAGAAAACAUAAAGCCUUUUGACGAAGAAAAAAAAAUAUUAUGGGGUGGUGAAUAUCUUCUUAUACGACUGAAGUCUAUAAUAAAUAUAAAACACUUAUCUACAGAAGAAAAUGUAUAUAUAGUAAACCAUGAUUCUAUCGACACUGUAAAUAUACAAUCUAUAGACAACAAUAACCAAGAAAAAAUACAAGAUAUAAAAGAAGAUACAAAAAUAGAAACACUUAAAAAAGCAUACAAAAAAGCUAGAUGGAAUAUUUUAGAACGUUUUAGCCUUAUCACUCGCUUUUCUCAUGAAAAAACUAAAGACAUUCUUAAUACAUCAUUUGCAAAAAACAUGCUUUUGUCUAACUUUCCUCCACAACUGCAGAAAUUCUUAAAUUCCGAACAAACUAUAAACAUAAUGGAAGAAUAUGAUGCAGCUCGUCUUUAUCUUGCUCGAUGGGCUGCUAGAAUUGCUGAAGAUAGUGAAAAGGACAGACAUAAUAAAAUUAUAUGGAGCUGUAAAGAUACUAAUACUUGGAAUAAAAAAACAUUACCUAAUAAUUUUGAAAUGUUAGAGUUAAAUACCUUCGAAAACAAUAUGAAAAUAACAAACGAUCCAAUCUUAGAGAAACAAUGGAAAUCAUGGUUUAACAAUACGGGAAAACUAUGGAAGACAGAAAAAAGCAUAAAAAAAAACAUUUUUUAUAAAGGUAUACAUUCCAAUAUAAGAAAGGAAGUUUGGUGUUUUUUACUUAAAAUUUAUCCAUGGGACUCUUCAGAAGAAGAAAGAAAAAUAAUAUUUUUAGAAAAAAGUAAUAGAUAUAUGCAAUUAAAACAAGGAUGGCAAAAUAACAAAGAAAAACAAGCAGAUGAAGUAUUCAAAGAUCAAAAACAUCGAAUAGAAAAAGAUGUUCAUAGGACAGAUAGAAAAACCAAAUCUUCUGCGGAAACAAAUUAUCAUUUAGAAACAAUGACAAACAUUCUGUUGACAUAUAAUGAAUAUAAUAGAGAUCUUGGUUAUGUUCAGGGAAUGUGCGAUUUAUUAUCUCCUCUAUAUAUUGUAAUCGAAAAUGAAGUAUUAAGUUUUUGGGCCUUUGUAGAUUUCAUGAAAAGAAUGCAAUAUAAUUUUUCUGAAAAUCAGUCUGGAAUGAGAAAACAGUUAAUGAUUCUUGAUCAAUUAAUACAACUCAUAGAUCCAAAAUUUUAUACACAUCUUGAAAAUACUUCUAGUACAAAUUUCUUCUUCUUUUUCCGUAUGCUAUUAGUUUGGUUUAAACGUGAAUUCGAAUGGGACGAUGUUUUGAGACUCUGGGAAAUCCUUUGGACAGACCAUAUAACAUCCCAAUUUCAUAUUUUUGUCGCAUUAGCCAUUCUUGAUAAACAUAAAGAAAUCAUCAUAGAUCAUCUUAAAGAAUUCGAUGAAGUUUUGAAAUAUAUAAACGAUCUUUCUAUGACAAUAGAUCUUGAAUCUACGCUCCAAAGAGCAAUAACAUUAUUUUAUAAAUUUAAACAAAUAGUCGAAACAAUUGAUGCUAAUUUUUCAAAAGAUGUUUUAUCUACUGAUCAUUCAGAAAAACAAGAACAUAAUAAUGCUAAGAACAAUUCCAAUUAUUUACAAAACCAAAACGAGAAAUCACCACUUAUAAGCAAUUAUUUAAGAGAACUUUUAAAUACUGAUUCUAACAUUUAG